AUGAGUGAUCGGGAGCCGAGAACUCUAGGCGAGAGGACCUUAUCCUCAGUGACUCGGGCUAGAACGCCUACGAGAGGCAGUACCCGAGGCGGUCGAGGUAGAGCGCAGGCUGAGGCUAGUGCGAGUGGUGUAGCACCACCACCAGUCCCGCCGGUUGAUGCCGGGGUAGCAGCCCCUGGUGAUCCCAGAUUUGAAGGGAUCAUGCAGUUGCAACCACCAAAGUUCACCGGGACAGGAGAUCCCGAGGCUGCGACUCGUUGGAUCGAAGGUCUGGAAAAAGCAUUUGAGCUACUGAAGUGCUCUGAAGAAGAGAAGGUUACCCUUGCCGUGUAUCAGAUGCAGGAAGUUGCAAGUACUUGGUGGAAAGCCACCAGGAGAGAAGUAUUCCCAGAAGGCGUAGUCCCAGAGUGGAACGUCUUCGUUAGAGCAUUCAAUAACAAGUACUUCUCCAGCUGUGCCAAGCAAUUAAAGAUGGCGGAAUUUCUGCACCUCCGUCAAGGUCCAAUGACUGUGGACCAAUACGAGGCAAAGUUUGCUGAGCUUUCACAGUAUGCUCCUAGGUUGAUCCAGGAUCCCGAGGAGAAGGCAAUGAGGUUUAUAGAUGGCCUCCGACCAGAACUGAAAGAUCCGCUGGUGCCAUUUGAUAUAAAGAACUAUAAUGAGCUGUAUGGACGAGCUCGGUGA